UUUACGUUUUUUUAAAUACACAACACCCUUCUGUAUCGGUGCGGCAAGCUAAAACAACAAAUUAUCAGCAAUAGUUAGAUGAUUUAAAAAGAACAUAGGCCUCCUCAAAAUGCCAUCCGCAGAGCCAGCUGAUUGUAGUUCCGAAGCGAGGGAGUGUGCCAACGAAAACGGUGACUACAGCACCGAAAUGAUCACCGACGGUGCACUCAUGAGUCAUGAGUCGCCCGAUCCAGACCGACACCUAAUUCCCGGUGACCGUAUCGAACACGACGAAGAAAUUGACCUCCCUACGGUACGCGAGUUUACGCAAAACGAUACAAUCAACAAGUUUCUGCUGAAUUCAUUCCUGCAGCGCAUAAACGAUAGCACCGAGCCAGAGGGAUAUCGUGAAGCGGGUGCGGCUUCCAGUGCCGCCGAAGAACAAGAACAGGAUUUUGAUUCCUAGCUGAGCGAAGCGGUUGAUGAGAUACACCGCAUUACGUGUAACCGCGAUAAGAGACCCCGCUCGCCGGGGCGUAUCAUUUAAGUUUGGUGUCUAACAUAUUUGAACAGUGAGCGCAGCAGAUUAACGAUGAAUGAAGAAAUGAAGUGAAUAAAUAUCGCCUUAAUACGAAGCACGACGUUCGUUGUAUUUGUAGUGUGAAAUGUACUUUUCGUUCCGUAGCGUACACGCAAGGAACUGCACAGAUAAUAACUGUCACUGAGGACAGAUGCAGGGAAUUUGUUUGUGCCGGAAGAUUCCAGCCCGACCCGCAAUCACGACGGUUGAUUUAUCUUUUCCUUUAUCACUCGCACACUAACGAGAUAUGGAAGGUCCGGCGCGGCGGAUGAGCAUCGGCGCGGUAUUGUUGAGCUGAGCCCUUUCCGCUGAUGAUUGUCCUCCAAUCAGUUCGUGAUCGCUUCGUUCGCAGCACAGAUCGUGUGCACAUAUAUUCAUAGUAGCCGCGUAGAAACCUAGCCGAGCGGACGGUCGUGCACGUAAUCUCGGUCGAGUACGGCAGCGGCUUUACCAUAUCAAUCGUUGAAACUGAAGACAUCGUUCUACAGUGAUACCCAAGUGACAGACAACUGUGCACAGUUCAGUGAUCAGUAAUUUGACGGGAAAUGGAGAUGAAAACGAUCGUCAAAAAGCGCAGUCCCGCUGAGGAUGCACAGUGCGAAAAUGGAAGUGAGCAUUGCGAACCAUCAACCGGAGCUGCUGCCGAGGAGAAGGAACGCGGCGAGGAACCGAAGGCCGAAAACACGCUGAAACCGGGCUCGCAGAUACGGCCGGUGGUAAGCGAGGAGGAGGUGCGCAAACUUGCCGAACGUCUUUAUGGCAUUAUAGUGCUGGAAAUGUGCGAGCUCGAUUCAUACGAUGACCGCAAUUUCAUGAUCCAGGCCGAUAGCUACGUGAAAAAUCCAAUACUGAAAUCAAUCUGCUCCAGCGGUUACGUGAUGAAGAUAGCGAACUCGCUGGACUCGAGCGAUGAAUCGUUUUUUCAUGCACAAAAUGAGAUCAUGCUGCAUCUAAGCAAGCGGGGCAUCAAAUGUCCCGUGCCAGUGCAGAACAUUUACGCCAAGUAUCAUUCGCUGGAGACGCUAGGUGAAUCAAAGCACGUCGUACGGCUGCUGGAAUACAUACCCGGGAAGGUGUUCCACGGUGUGCCGCAUCCGGACAGUUUAUUUUACCAGGCGGGACAAUUUAUCGCGAGGAUUGAUUCGGCGCUAAAGUCCAUCGACAAGGAGCUGGUCAUGAAGCGACAGUCCAUUUGGAUGUUGGACAAUUUCCCUAAGCUGAAAGACUUCCUGUACGUUUUAAAAGACGAACACCACAAGGAUAUAGUCGAACAGGUGCUGGACGCAUUCGAACGGCGCGUGAUACCGAAUUUAAGCGAGUACGAGCAGGGCGUCAUCUACGGCGAUUUCAACGAACACAAUGUCAUUGUUAACAAGAAACCAUCGAGCGGUAAAGAGUAUGAAAUAGUGGGCAUUAUCGAUUUCGGUGACGUUUGCUAUUCCCGCUACGUCUUCGAGCUGGCCAUCGCCAUGACGUACAUGAUGCUGGAGGCAAACGAUCUUAACACGGGCGGACUGGUGAUAGCUGGUUACAGUAUGAUACGACUGAUUCCUCAGCACGAAAAAGAAAUACUUAGGGUUUGCGUCGCAGCUCGUCUAUGCCAAAGCCUAGUGUUGGGACUGUAUACGGCCACAGUCGACGCUGGUAAUCAGUAUAUUCUUUCCUCACAAACGCGUGGAUGGAGCGUGCUGGAAGCGCUGUGGAACGAAACGGAUAAAGACAUUUUGGUGCGAUGGAAUUCAAUUGCCGAGGAAUAUCUAACAUGUAGCUCGUGAGAGGCAGCCUGAUACGUAAAGUGAGUCAAUUCGGUACCACAAUGUAAGCAUUUAAUGUGUAGCCCGGCUAUAGUUAUACACACACACACACACACACACGUUAUAGCAUGAAGCACUGAAGCCUAAAAGAGGGCACAACACAGGAAUGGUGAAUGAAUCAAUUGUAGCAAUAAUGCUAGUUCCAAUGUCAUUUAUUCAAACUUAUGAAGCUUUUUAUACAGUACAAUGAGCUUGAGAAAAAACUCUUUUCGCGCCAUUGUGCACUUUAGGAAUGUAUACAAAGUAAUGUAUGAGAUAAAAGUUAGAUUGUCAAUAAUAUAUAUAUUUAGGAACAGUCCAACCCAAAAUUCGUCGAGUAUGAAAAAGGGCUUAGUUUUUCUUACGUGAAGAAGAUUUACGUAGUGCCAGAGUGUCCUUUUCGCAAAUAGCGCAGUUUUGUUUUAAGUACUUCUGUUAAAGGAUGGUGGUCCUUACUGUUUCAAAAAUUUCACACAAUUUAUCAAUUUGCUUUGUAGUUUCAAAUAAAUAGUUGUUUAAUGAAAACAUUUAAAGAUUAA